UCAACGUGCUUUUUUUUAAAUUGUGCUUAAACAAUCUAUGACAAAAUGGCUGCCGUGAAUGGAAAAGACGAGCAACCGAUCCCACCAUCUUCCCUAAUCCGUCGCGUCAGUUCACGCUCGAUUCGAAAUUCGAUUUCCGAGGACAAAGAAAAUGGCGACGUUUGCGCGGGAAAGGGUUCCUUCGUCAGCAAAUACAAGAAGACACCAGAGGCACUAAAGAGUUUUAACAUGAAUGACAUGGAAAGUGAACUAGAAGUGCCCGGAACUCCGAUGACACCAAGAACCUCCACAACACCUGGUCACGAGAAGUGCACAUUCCACCAUGACCUGGAGUUGGACCACCGGCCGCCGACCCGCGAGGCGCUGCUUCCCGACAUGGCCAACUCCUACAGACUGCUGCUUACAGGUCUGGGUGAGGAUCCAGAGAGGCAAGGUCUCCUGAAGACACCAGAGAGAGCAGCCAAAGCAAUGCUGUUCUUUACAAAGGGAUACGACCAAAGCUUAGAAGAGGUCCUCAACAACGCUAUCUUCGAUGAAGACACAGACGAGAUGGUGGUGGUGAAAGACAUUGAGAUGUUCUCCAUGUGCGAGCACCAUCUGGUGCCAUUCUACGGAAAGGUGUCCAUCGGAUACCUGCCGCAGGGCAAGAUCUUGGGUCUGAGCAAGCUGGCCAGAAUCGUCGAGAUCUACUCCCGAAGGCUUCAAGUACAGGAGCGCCUGACCAAACAGAUUGCGUUGGCUGUCACCCAGGCGGUCAGACCCGCCGGUGUGGCGGUCGUCAUUGAGGGAGUACACAUGUGCAUGGUUAUGCGUGGAGUUCAGAAGAUCAACAGCAAGACCGUCACAUCCACCAUGCUCGGAGUCUUCCGCGAUGAUCCCAAGACCAGGGAGGAGUUUCUGAACCUCGUCCACUCAAAGUGAGGCCAUUUUGAGGUCGCUUGUCAGUUUUACGGGUCAUUUUCGGUUGGUCACUUAUAAUUUUCGGUUGGUCAGUUUUGAUUUUUGGUUGGUCAGUUUUGACGUUUGAUUUAAAUGUAGUUUUUAAUGGAUCACUUCUUCAAUAAAAUCAUCAAUAAGAUGGCUAAUGAAUUGUAUGAAAUUGUGAUCCCUAAGCCUAAUUUUCCAACUGUAGGACACAAAUUUUGAAAAAAAAUCUGUAAUAGUACCUUAUAAUUAUAAUCCAAAACGAUUAUAAUCCUUAUAUCUGAAUAAUCCAAAACGAAGAAUUUAAAAUGACCUAUAAAACUGACUUUAAAGUUGUAAAUAAGAAAAGGUUUUAUUUAAUACAGCCUUAUGACAAAUUAGUUUUAGUUUUUAGUUUUAGUUAGUUAAGAGAAUGCAAAUUUUUGAUUAUUUUUUGAUGAACAUUUUAAAAAUUUUUGGUUAAUUUUUGAUGUAGAUUUUUUUGUUAAAAAAAAUGUGAUUUUGUGCGAUAUGCAGCAUAAAUUUAAAGCGCUAUAUUUUAUUGUAUGUUUGUUUGGGAAAAUUGAUAGAUAUUAUUGCCCAAUCAUCAAUUUUCUCAAAAUUUUGUGGACCAAAAGUAAAAAUCUCGGGCUGUUAUGGCUGACGUUCGACAUUUUUGCUCACUUUUUUGACACAUUUGUUUAUUUUCUCUCGAAAACUCCAUGACGUUGCCUUAAUGUAAAGGAUUUUUAUAAUAUAUUGUACAUUAUUUUAAUAAAGUUUUUUUAAGUU